AUGAAAUACGUGAUGAAAUCUUUCAACAGGAAAAGCCUGUCACCGGCACACACGUUUCUCAGAUACCACCGAAGCAGCAGACAUCAUGGGAGAGCAGCUGAGUCCUGAUGAGAAGUUCCAGCUCAUCACCAGAAACCUUCAGGAGGUUCUUGGUGAGGAGAGGUUGAAGGAGAUCCUGAAGGAGAGGGAACUGAAGGUCUACUGGGGAACAGCAACCACGGGCAAACCCCAUGUGGCCUACUUUGUCCCCAUGUCAAAGAUUGCUGACUUCCUGAAGGCGGGCUGUGAGGUGACCAUCCUCUUUGCUGAUCUCCAUGCCUAUCUGGACAACAUGAAAGCUCCCUGGGAGCUGCUGGAGCUCAGGGUGCAGUAUUAUGAGCAGAUCAUUAAGGCCAUGUUGGAGAGCAUUGGAGUUCCCCUCGACAAACUCAAAUUUGUUAAAGGCACAGACUAUCAGCUCAGCAGAGAGUACACUCUGGAUGUUUACCGACUGUCAUCCAUGGUCACUGAACAUGAUGCCAAGAAAGCAGGUGCUGAGGUGGUCAAACAGGUUGAGCAUCCUCUUCUGAGUGGCCUGCUGUAUCCUGGACUACAGGCACUGGAUGAGGAAUACUUAAAAGUAGAUGCUCAGUUCGGUGGUGUGGACCAAAGGAAGAUCUUCACAUUAGCAGAGAAGUAUCUGCCCUCUCUUGGGUACACCAAACGUAUCCACAUGAUGAACCCAAUGGUGCCUGGACUGACGGGGGGCAAGAUGAGCUCCUCUGAGGAGGAAUCCAAGAUUGACCUGCUGGAUAAGAACCAAGAGGUGAAGAAGAAGUUAAAGAGAGCCUUCUGUGAGCCUGGAAAUGUGGAGAAUAAUGGAGUUCUGUCCUUUGUCAAACAUGUGCUUUUCCCUCUGCACUCUGAGUUUAUAAUUAAAAGAGAUCCAAAGUGGGGAGGUGACAAAGUCUACACAGACUAUGAGGAAGUAGAUAAGGACUUUGCUGCAGAGCAAAUCCAUCCUGGUGACCUGAAGGCUUCAGUAGAGUUGGCUCUUAACAAACUGUUGGACCCAAUCAGGAAGAAGUUUGAGACCCUAGAGUUGAAGAAACUGACAGCAUCAGCUUACCCAGAGCCCUCCAAAAACAAAGGAGGAGCAAAGGGAAACCCUAAACAAACUGUAGAUGAAGAGGAGGUCAUCCCAUCUAGAUUGGACAUCAGAGUUGGCAAAGUCAUCAGUGUAGAAAAGCAUCCAGAUGCAGACUCACUGUGUUUAGAGAAGAUUGAUGUGGGUGAGGAACAGCCACGGACCGUAGUGAGUGGACUGGUGGCCUACCUCUCACAGGAGCAGCUUCAGGAUCGUCUUGUUGUGUUGUUAUGCAACCUAAAGCCCCAGAAGAUGAGGGGGAUUGAAUCUCAAGCCAUGCUGCUCUGCGCUUCAGUUGAGGGAGAGCCCAGGAAAGUGGAGCCUUUGGAUCCACCAGAAGGAUCAGUACCAGGAGACCGUGUUUAUGUAGAAGGAUAUGAAUCAGGCAAACCAGAUGAUGAAUUGAAACCAAAGAAAAAGGUGUUUGAAAAGUUGCAGGUGGAUCUGAAGAUCUCAGGCGAGUGUGUUGCACAAUGGAAAGAGCAAAAUCUGAUGACCAAACUAGGACAGAUCACCUGUAAAACACUGAAGGGUGGAAAUAUUAGCUAGUUGUCUUCACCAUUUCUCUCAAAAUCCUCAAAGCUAGUUUGAAUGACAGCCCAGUAUCCCCGUGACAAGUACACAGUGUCAGGAAUCCGACUAAACGACUGGAGGAGAUGAUACUGAUGUGCUAGGGCGUCUUCUCAAUGUCUCAGGAGAUGAUGAGGCGUUUUUCCUCAGCUCUGCUCCCCUCCCCUCCUGAUCAUCUGGUUAAUUUUAGAGCGCCCUGCUGUGCACCACCUCAAGUCAUUAGUGCCAGGAAGUCAAAGACAUGUUUAUUUUCUUGGCUGUGAUGAAGUUUGCAUCUAUCAGUGUUUACAAGUCCCUUGAAGCAUCUAUAAAUCUUAUGUACAAAAAAACGCUGUGUGAAGUAAUCCUUUCCCCCUGCCUGAAAGCUUCAUCAAUACUUACUAAUAAUAGCAUGAGGGGUUGAGAAGCAUGCAGGGUUUAUUCUGCAGGCGUUACGAUGUUUUAGGAUGUCUCUCAUUCUAUCAGACACACAGUCUUCCAUACUAAAUUUACAAUAGCCACAGAAGUUAAUAGACAAUUAAAGCGUGCUUAAAACGUAUGAAUAUGUCACUGCAAUAGAUAGCAAAAUAGCAAAUCAAGUGGCUUUUGUUUUAAAGAAAUGCAGCACAAGAACUCCUUUCAAGCAAAGUAUUUAAUAAAAAGAUUGGGACGCCAUGAUUUUUGGAAAAAAAAAAAAAGGUCACCCAAGACUCUAAUAUACACACUGAUGCAUGGGUUAUUUGAGUGUGUAGUGUAAGUGGCAAAUUAAUAUGUUUAUAUAUUCCUAAUAAGAUAUUGAAUAUUUGAUUUCAGGAAAUCUAUUUAGUGUAUAUUGCUCUCAUCCCAAACAACAUCAGUCUAAUUUUCAUGAUGCAAAUGUCUACAAAAGAAAAUGGAGCCCCUCCUCCAGACUAAGGUCAUACUGUAUGUUGAAUGUUAUUACCAAUAAAAGUGUUACAGUGAAAUAUAUAGUGAUUCGUAUGUUGCAUUCCAUCUGCUUUGUAUUCUACUAUCAUCAUAACAGAGGUCAUACAAGGUCGCUUGGUGCUAACAAGCAGCUGCAUGCCACUAAUAUAGGAAAAA